CAUAAUGAAGUAGGUGCCAUAAAUCGCACAACUUUGACUUCAGUUGUAACUCAAACUCAAAGUUGUAAUGUUUUCAAGCGGAAAAGGUGAAAUAAUUUUAUUUAAAAAAUAGGAAGUAAUAUUAAUUAGUUAUUACUUUUCAGAAUAAAGUCAUCUUACAGAAGCUGUCCUAAGACGUCAAAAUGCCAUGGAUAGUGUUGUUAGUCGUGGCGUCUCUUUUGUGCUGGAUCUGGUAUACGAGAAGGAAACCUGGUGAACCACCCAUGUACCCGGGCUCGUGGCCUUUCAUUGGGCACGCGCAUUUGUUCAUCGGUGGCCCUUUGAACUUUUGGAUUCAAUUAAAAAAAAUAACUAAUGUGUGCAUGAAUUUGGGACACGCCUGUUAUUUUCACAUGGGCCCAUACAAAUUUUACGCUUUAACACAUCCAGAUGACAUUUACACAUUAUCCAACACUUGUUUUGAAAAAGAUCAAUUCAGUUACGAAUUCACGAAGGAACUACUUGGGGACGGUCUUCUGUUCUCACCGGUUUCAACAUGGAAACGACACAGGAAGUUAAUCAGUCCUACCUUCAACCAGCACAUCCUCGACGGCUUUCUGUCGGUUUUCAACAGCCAAGGCCGACGCUUGGUGUCGCAACUGGCAUUAGAGGUGGACAAAGGUGCUUUUGACCAUUCGCCUUACGUGAGGCAGAAUUUUAUGGAAACUAUUUGUUUAACAGCAUUAGACGACAGCAUAAGCGAAGAAGAGGCCCUGAACUACGUGAAGUCCUUUGAAACGUACAUGAACUGCAACAUUUCUAGGUUCCACAGACUCUGGCUCUACCCAGACUUCUUGUACAAGUUCAGUAGCAUCAAGAAAAAGCAAGACGAAUGUGUAAAAGUCCUGAAUAGAGUAUGUGAUUCGGUACUCCAAAAGAAACGGGCUCAGAGAAGACAAAACAAAUCUUUUGAAACUAACAAAGACCAAAAUGGCCCUAAACUGAAAGUAUUCAUGGAUCUUCUUAUGGAUUUGGACGAAGGUGUACUGACUGACAGAGAAAUAAGAGAUGAGAUGAAUACCAUCAUAAUGGCAGGGCACGAUACGUCCGCUAAUGUUACAGUGUUUGCCUUACUGUUGAUCGGAUCCUAUCCGCAAGUGCAGGAGAAAAUAUAUGAAGAAUUACAUGAAGUAUUCGGCGGCACCUACAGAGAUGUGGAAAAGCAGGAUCUAUCGAAGCUCGUGUACUUAGAAGCAGUUCUCAAGGAAACCAUGAGAUAUUACGUGAUGGCGCCAUUCGUUGGCAGGUAUAUUGACCAGGAUGUCAAACUGAAAAACUACACACUUAAAGCUGGUCACAACUGCAUGUUGAUAUUAUACGGCAUUCACCGAAAUGGAAUCUGGGGUGCAGAUGUGGAGGAGUUUAGGCCUGAGAGAUGGUUGGAUCCAGCUAGGCUGCCCAGGAACCCUAACGCCUUUGUUGGAUUUAGCUUGGGAAAAAGAAAUUGCAUAGGCAAAACCUACGCGAUGAUGUCCAUGAAGUCUCUCCUAAGCCACGUGCUCCGAAGAUACCGACUCCGCGCAGACCAUACCAAGGCAGUGAUCAAGCUGGAUGUCCUUUUGAAGCCCGUCUCCGGACAUUUCGUUUCUAUUGAGGAUAGAUUAAACAUAUUAUAAUAAGUUUA